AUGAUGCAGUUAAAGAGUGCAUGGACACCGCUGGCAAAUAAAGAUGCAAAUAAAAAGCUUUUUGAAGAGCGGAAGUGCCUGUUACUAUCUUGGUUCUCGAAAUGGUCUGAAAGUCAAAGAACGCAAGCAGUAAUAAGCCUCUUUGAGCUAUGCACAAAUAAGCAGCUCGAAGCACUAGCUCACUUCAUAGAGAACAGAAUACCUGUAUAUCAGGUAGAUUUCACCAGGACACUGCCACGGUUUUUGUGCAUUUAUAUAUUUUCCUUUCUGGAUCCCCGAAGUCUCUGUCGCUGUGCGCAAGUUUGUUGGUAUUGGCGGUAUUUAGCUGAAGCGAAUGAAUUAUGGGCUUCAAAAUGUAUCCGGCGUGGAUGGGAUUUAAUUGCUUCACAAAGUCAAUGGGAACCAGGAAUAUGGAAAAAGCAUUAUAUUCAAAAUAUACGUUGUCUUCAGUUGUAUAGUAUUUCAAAAUCGUCUGCAAGAAGUAGUGACGUGAUAGAACAGUGCUCAGGAAAUCUGUACACUAAACACUCAGAAUUUUCAAGCAAUCAUUCCAAUCAUACUGACAAUAAUGGCAAUGAUGAGUCUGCUGAAUACUGUCGUAGUUACAAAACUGCAGAUACUGAUCGAAGUAGAACAAAAGAUGAUUGUAAGAAGCCUAAAGAUGAUGGUCAUUUAUCAGAAAGAAGCAAAAUUGAUAAAGUCAGCCUAGAACCAUGGCGUGCACCAAGUCGUAAACCAUCUGAAAUACAUCGUUUGAAUUAUUUUGAUAAUGAAAUCAGCGUGUCGAAAUUAUCGAGGAGUGAAAUACAACGAAGACGUUAUAACAGUGCUGGGACAAGAAGAUACUCCACAAUAUCCUCAUCGUCAAAUACACAAAAUAUUUAUAAGUCUACACAAGUUAAAAGUGAUCUCCAUGAACCAGAUGAUAAUAUUUCUGUCAAUUCUAAGCAACGUCAAAGUGUAAAUAUGGCAAAAUCAAUUUAUUCUAAUGAUUUAUUAAUUAUUCCUCGUAAAUAUUCUCAACCAAUACCAUGGAAACCAACAUCAUGUUAUUUAUCUAAACCUUUACAAAUUAAUUUUGACGAGAAUAUGAAGAAGAUGAAGGAGAAGAAGAAAGAUCAAAGAAAUUCUGUUCACCGUCAUCAACAUCCUCAGAAUUUAAAUGUACAAAAUAAUGACCUUGAGGAAAAUAAAGAUGACUUAAACAAAUUACACGCGCAUAAUUCAAAAGUAGACAGAUCAAUAAAGUCACCUGUGUUGGAAGAGAAAAUAACGCAACAGAAAGAAUUAUACAAUGAGUAUCAUAACACAGAUAAUCUAAGCACAUCUACAAGAAGUUCAAUGCAUCAAUCGAAAUCGAAAAUCACCGCAUGCAUUGAAAGCCCGAAAACCUUGGAUCAUUCUAACGCAGUUAAUAUAAUCAAUAGUGAUAAUAAAAAUAGUCAAAAUCUUCAAAAUCCUCCGUCUUAUCGAUCCCUUUGUGCUUCACUACCAUCAUCUCCGUUAACAUCACCGUCAGUGGAAGAAGUUGACUCAUCAGUCCAUCACAGCAUUGAUGGUCAGCAACAUCAACGAUUGUCUUCACCUAAAGCGAAAUCAACGAUGACAGUGACGUCGAUGAAGUCAAGUGAAUCAAAAUCAAGGACGUUGGAUUCUUCAGAUAACCUGUGUAAUAAUAAUAAUAAUGAUUCAGUGCCACAAACAGUAGAAGAGAAGGAUAGUGAUCAAGACAAUAAUGAUAAUAAUGAAGAUCCAUACAAAGAAAGUCCUGAAAAGUGAUGA